AUGAAGCCUGCCUGGGCUACGGCCGUGGAGCAGGCAUUGAAGAAAGAUGCUCCGGCAUUGGAGAGAUGGACGGAGAUCGAAACUAUCCUGCAGGAGAACAGGAAGUGCUACAGGCAGGUGCUGCGGCCGGGUCAAGUCCUGGUGCACCCGUCGAAUCGCUCAGGGUUAGGAUUGAAUGGAGCCCAAGUUCACAAGACAGGGGCCCAAGUGCAAUCUGUAGGCUUCAGCUCCAUGGAGCUGAAGCGAAGUGUUUGCAUGGAAAUAUCCACGGAUAGAGCUCUGAGCCAAAAGGCCUUUAGUUUCAACAAGCGGCAAGUGGAUAUGAAUGGAGGGCUGCUAGCUGAGGUGCGAGGCGAUGAGCGAUACAUGUCGUUAGCAUGCAGUCACUUUACGGCAUUUUGCCGUGCCUGCAUUGCAGCAUGUCCCUCGGACCAAGAGACGGUGUCGGACAACGGCAAGCUCACGUUGCAGCGAUUGUCUACGGACUUUCGGCAGGCCGUGGAUAAUGGAUGGGAGUGGCUGGUGCUGUCAGCGGAAGUUGAUGCAGUACUGCCCUCGCUGGCCUCCUUCGUUCAGGAAGUCAUGAAUGCAGCCCAAGGAGUUGCAAGAACGGCAGGCGAGCUGGAGCUCGCCAUGGCGAUGACCGUGGCCGCUUGCGGGUUGUUCUGCAGAUUCUAUGCAGGAGGAACCGAAGCACCUCUGCUGAAGUUUUUGCACGACUUUUCCUUGAAAUAUGGGGCAAGCAAAAGAUUGGGAGAGGAAUUCAUAUCCACGGUCGCCGGCCUCCGGUUUGCAGGGCAGGAGCGAUCGCAUGCUUUCGCGAGGGCUGCGAUGAUCGCGACGAACCUGACAGCCACAAAAGUGGUAGACGGUGUGGCUCGGCUGCUGAACAAGAGCGAUGUCAGCAGGCUCUGUGCGAAAGGCAUGGAAGAUGCUGUAAAGGAUUGGGAGGAGCUUCUUUCUCGUGCCUGGGCUCACACUCAGAAUGUGACGGAGGCAAGUGCACGUGCCAAGGCAAUUGAGUGCUUCGGUCGCCUGAUGGUUCGCAGCACCCUCUUCAUGUGCAAGAAAGAGAAGUCGGGGCAAGAAGGCCUUGAGCACGUGUCCUUGGCCAAUUUGCUGACUUUGUACGAACACGAGAUGGGUGGCAAGAGUGCCGGUGCAACACCGGCUGCUCCUACAAAAGAUGGGCAGUCUGAUGCGGCCCCUGCGACCUUGGAGAACAUGCAGGACCCGGCCUUCCUGAUGAAGCUGCAAGGCUUCGCAGAGGGCAACCUGUACAAAGGCAAGCAGAAGUAUCAGGACAUCUGGCCUUGGAAGCUGGAGAAAAUCGGCCGGAGCCACGGCUCUUUCUCGCUGUCUUGCCCAGUGAGCUGGGACAAGAAGGUCGAGGUGCCUCUGAGCGAGCUCAAGAAAUUCUUCGAUCUGUAUAGCGGAGAUGCACCCGAAGUGGUGUCUGACUCUGUGGACCGACUGCCCCAUAAUACGGAGGCUUGCAGCCAAGAGAGACUCCGAGGAGAGUUCUUCGAGCUCUGCUGCGAGUAUUUCCUGAAGUACUCGCACUGUGAAGAGGAGUUGACCUUUUUGAAGAAUCCCACGUGCUGUCUGUUGGAGGGCAAAGCCAAGACAGGCAAGCUGACGAUCUUCCCCUUCACGGAUCAGAUUUCAAAGGUUGGCUUAAAGCCGGCAGCUGGCAGUGUGGAGGUUUGGCAUUCGGCCUCGGGCACAAGCUUGUAUAUUUCACCCCCGGCUGCAGCCGGAAGUUUGCUAUCUGCCUUCUGGCAGAUCCCGGUCGGCUCAGAGCCGAAUCUGGCGACAGUCCUUCUGAACGAGAAGGGCUGGAAGAUUCCCAUUUUGAAGAACACUGCUUCGCUGAAGGAAGCAGAGAAACUGAAAGAACAGAGCUCUGGCCUUUUCGGCGGGGAAGACAGCGAGGCUGCUCUAGUGUCUGUAACAGGCAGCUCUCCGAGAAAAGCAGCGAAGACUCGCUUGUCCCGCCGUGCUUCCAGGGAAGCAAGAGCAGAAAAGAAUGUGCUCAAGGUUACCUGGAUGGAAAAGGAGAUCCGUGUCCUGGAGGCGGGCCAUGUCACGGAUGUGCCCAAAGUCCACUUGGAUGAUAUGGCACUGUUCUUUGAAGCAACAGAAAAUGCCGUGCUUACUGCUGAGUCUUUUCAGACUAGAGCACGGCAAAGCUUUCCUAAGGGAACUGCUGCGAAGGACAAAGUCUUGAAAAUCGGCCAAGGCCGCCAGGCUCAACGGACAGGCGACGACAGAAGGUAUUCGCUUGUCAAAAAAGCCGGGGCCAAGGCCCCGCCCUUGGAUCCCCUGCCGCUGCAGGAGGCUGAGGCGACUGCGGCUGCCAAAAGGGCAGCAAAAAGCCAGGGGCAGCCCUCCAAACGGAGGAAGCCUGGGGUGCUAGUGGACUGA